AUGGCUUCAACAAGCGUUUGUUUAUGGCUUUCAUUCAUGAUUAUUACACAAACAGUUGGAGAAGAUACACAAUCGAUGAUAAUGUCUUUAAUACCUAAUGCUAAAUUUCAAUGUGCGAACACAACUUGUUUACCAUUCAUUAGCGUUAUUACAACAGACAUUAGGAAUUGUCAAUUUGCCUGUUUAGGUCAAAGUCAAUGCAUAGCAGCAACUUUUCAUCGAUCAACUUUCAAUUGUGAAUUAUUUGAUAAUAUGUUGAACCAAAGUGGAAAUAUGUUGGGUGAUGUGGAUGCUACUAGCAUUAAUGUUAUUAGUGGAACGCGAUUUCCACCUGAAUCGACUACGACAUCAACAUCAACAACGUCAUUAUCAACAACAUCAGCAGCAACAACAGCCGGCUGCAAUAUAUUUCUUAAUCAAACUACUUACUCAGUUGGUACUACUCCAGAGUCAGUAGCAGUCGUCGAUGUGAAUAGCGACAAUAAACCCGAUAUUGUUGUUGCAAACUAUAAUUCGAACACCACUAGUGUUCUUCUCAACGCAGGCAAUGGCACCUUUAAGGAUCAAACUACUUACCCAGUUGGUAGUCAUCCACGAUCAGUAGCAGUCGCUGAUGUGAAUAGCGACAAUAAACCCGAUAUUGUUGUUGCAAACAUGGCUUCGAACUCCGUCAGUGUUCUUCUCAACGCAGGCAAUGGCACCUUUAAGGCUCAAACUACUUACGCAGUUGGCACUUAUCCAUUUUCUGUAGCAGUCGUCGAUGUGAAUAGCGACAAUAAAUCCGAUAUUGUCACUGCAAACCGUGAUUCGGCCACCGUCAGUGUUCUUCUUAACGCAGGCAACGGCACCUUUAAUAAUCAAAUUAAUUAUUCAGUUGGUGGCGGCCCUCAAGCAGUAGCAGUCGCCGAUGUGAAUAGCGACGAUAAACCCGAUAUUGUUGUUGCAAACUCUGGAACGACCACCGUCAGUGUUCUUCUCAACACAGGCAACGGCAUCUUUAUUGCUCAAACUACUUACACGGUUGGCAAUAAUCCUCAAGCAGUAGCAGUCGUCGAUGUGAAUAGCGACAAUAAACCCGAUAUUGU